AUGUCUCGUCCAAACAAAGCUAUCUACAUGCUUGCAAACGGCAAACAUGAAAUUCGUACUACCGAAGAGCCGUACAUCCCGCAAAAGGCACAGUCUCUUGUAGAAGUGCAGUACUCAGCCAUCAACCCAGCUGAUACUCGCCACUCAUAUAUGGAUAUGUCGGAAUACGUCGCUGGCUACGAAUACACCGGCACCGUCCGCGCCGUUGGGCCCGAGUCUCCUUUCAAAGUUGGCCAAGAAAUCUUUGGCCAAUCGCUGCCUUAUGAUCAUCGACCUAAUUAUCUCGGCGCCCACCAGAGCUUCCUCUUAGCGGAACCUCUCAUGGCUUUUGUGCGGCCUGCGCACCUCGAUCCCAUCACCGCCGUAACGCUUGUUGUUGGCAGUGCAACCACCUUUGAUGCUCUUUUCAAUGUAGCAGGAUACGGCUUCCCGCUCGCUAACAUCACCGGCGACGAUCCGAAGAAUGAGCCGAUUCUUAUUUGGGGCGGUGCGGGCGCGGUAGGCCAAGCUGCUAUACAGAUCGCUAAGGCAGCCGGUUUCAGUCCCAUUAUCACGACAGCUUCACCACAGAACCAUGAAGCUUUGAAGAAGCUUGGUGCUAAUGAGGUCUUUGACUAUCGCAGUGCAACAGUUGUGCAGGAUAUACGUGCAUAUCUGGAAAAGUAUGGCAAGUCACUGAAGACUGUCUUCGACACAGUUUGCGCUGGUCUUGGUGUCUUUGGAGGUCUUGCGCCUGAAGAAGAAAAGGCGUUGGAGGAUAAAUUCGAUCAAAGCUCACCCGGGCUUUCCCGGCAGUGCUGUGAUCCCAACAUACCCUCGGAAGGACUCCGUCUGGUAUCAUCUCUUCUUGUAAAGAAGGACCCGACGUGGAAGUUUACUUUGAGUGUCAGGGUUGUUGAACAAGUUGACUUUGCGGUUGAAGCUCAAGAUCGAAGCGAUGAGGAGAGAAGGAGAGAGGAGAAUAGGAUCAUCGAGUGGCAGAAGCGCAUUGAACGGGGUUUUCACUGGUUGGUUGAGAAUCAUGAACAGUAUUGGGAGGCGCCAAGGACUAGGAUCUUGAAGGGAGUGGAGGAGGGGCUUCAAGGUAUUCGUGAUGUUUGGAAUGGGAAAGUGAGCCGUGAGAAGCUUGUUAUUGAUCACCGAGUUUGA